GCUCUCUCAAUUCAAAAAAUUCAAAACAGCAGACAAGUCGCUAAAAGCAAACCAAUUAAGCUACAAUUUCAUCAAUCUAAUACAAAAUUUCAAAGACUAAAAAUAUUAAAUAUUGCAACAGAAAAACAGAAUAUUGCAGUCAAACUAAACCUAAGAAAAAAGGGGAAAAGGUUAAAUAUAUAUAAAAAACUAAAAGGUAUAUAUAACUAAAAUCACCAUGCGUUCCCUGCCAAUGCUUUUCCGCAUGGCCGAGGAGAUGUCCCGGAUGCCCCGCCUCACCUCGCCCUUCCAUGCCUUCUUCCACGAGCCGCCCGUAUGGAGCGUGGCCCUGCCUCGAAACUGGCAGCAAAUCGCCCGCUGGCAGGAGCAGGAGUUUGCUCCGCCGGCCACUGUCACCAAGGAUGGGUACAAAGUCACCCUGGACGUCAAGGAUUACGGCGAACUGAACGUCAAGGUGCUGGACGAGAGCGUGGUUCUGGUGGAGGGCAAGUCGGAGCAGCAAGAGGGCGAACAUGGAGGCUACAGUUCCAGGCACUUCCUCCGACGCUUCGUUCUCCCGGAGGGUUACGAGGCCGACAAGGUUACGUCCAGCUUGAGCAGCGAUGGAGUCCUAACCAUCAAUGUGCCCAAUCCGCCGGCGGUGCAGGAGGCACUCAAGGAGCGUGUGGUCCCCAUUGAGAAGACUGGAGAACCGGCCCAGACAAACACUGGAAAAGCCGAAGAGGCCAUUGAGAAGUGAGCUGGAGCUGGAGGUUGUGUUUUGACUGACUUGUAACCAUUGCUAGUGAACCCUAUUGUGCUAAUUUAUUCCAAAUUCAUCGAAGAUAUACGAAUAGAUUUAAAAUUAAAAUUCUAAGUACUACAAAAAGAUUUGCAAAGUAUCUAUUUUUAAAUGUAUCCUUAAAGACAGCUUAAUUUUGGGUAGCUCAAAAAUUGUUUUGAAAAUAUUUAGCUUGUUUUGUGUAAUCCCUGAUACAAUGAACUCAAGUUAAAUAAUUAUUUUAUUUUAAAAUA